ACCCCGGUGGUGAAGAUGCAUAGAGAUGUAGUUAGUAUACAUCUCUAUGUGAAGAUGUCAUUCGUUUCGUACUGCGUCCUAAGAAGGGCCCGGCAAAUCGUUACCAGCUCAAAACUGCAGAGGAAUUUGGAUUACCAACUCAAGAAUGAUCACCUGAGGUGCUUACGGAAUGCCUCCCAACUCCUCACAAGGCACCAACACACAGAACCACUCUCAUCAUCGGAGGAUGGUGGGGGCAGGGGUCCGCUCGCUCGAUAUAACGGCCUAAUUGAACGUGGAGAGUUGAGAAAUGAUGAUCACCAGAGGGAGAUCGUAACCAGGUUACAACAGCUCCAUGAUUCUGUUCGUGGCUAUCAACCAGAGGAGCUUGGAUUCUUUGAGAAGGUCCUGGGGAAGCAGGCCAAACCGGCACCAACCGGCUUGUACCUGUAUGGCAGUGUAGGAACCGGCAAGACCAUGCUGAUGGACCUGUUCUAUGAAGAUGUAGCAGUAGACCAAAAGAUGAGGAUCCAUUUCAAUUCCUUCAUGUUGGAUGUUCAUAAAAGAAUUCAUGAGAUCAAGAAACAGAUGCCCAAAGACAGGGACAGUACCAAACCUCAAGCAUUUGAUCCCAUCUCACCGGUAGCUGAGGAUAUCAGUAAAGAGACAUGGAUGCUGUGCUUUGAUGAGUUCCAGGUAACAGAUAUCGCUGAUGCCAUGAUACUCAAACGUCUCUUUACACAACUCUUCAGUAAUGGCGUGGUUGUCGUGGCAACAUCAAACAGACACCCAGAUGACCUUUAUAAGAAUGGUCUUCAGAGAAGCAACUUUGUACCGUUCAUACCAAUAUUAAAGAAACACUGUGAUGUUCUAAAUCUAGACUCUGGAAUAGACUACAGAAAAUUAUCAGGUCUUCCUGUUGAUGGUCAAGUGUAUUUCAUUCAAUCUCAGUGUGAUGCAGCCAAUAUAUGUGAACAAAUGUUUACUAACAUGUGUGCUAAGCAAGGGAAAGAAGUGAAAGAAAUGACAUUAAGAGUACUUGGAAGAGAUGUAAGGAUACCAAGGUCGUGUGGUAGGAUAGCCAGCUUCACUUUCGAUGAUCUAUGUUUGAAGGCAUUAGGAGCAGGCGACUAUCUGGCCAUCGGUCAUAACUUUGAUAUCGUCUUUAUUCACAAUAUACCUCAGAUGUCGCUUAGUUCCAAGUCAGCAGCGAGGCGAUUCAUCACAAUGAUAGAUAACUUCUACGAUGUGAAGGUAAGACUGAUCUGCAGUGCCGAGGUACCCGUAGAAGAACUGUUCGUAACAGGUGCCAUGACACAGAAAGACAUGGAAGAUAACUUCAUGCUAAUGGACGAUCUCAAUAUACAACGGGGAUCAGAACUAUCCCACGCAAGCAUCUUCACCGGCGAGGAGGAGCUCUUUGCGUUUGAGAGGACGAUCUCCCGCCUGAUGGAGAUGCAGACGGAGGACUACUGGAGUAUAUCGGAACAAGAAAAAGAGGAGAAACUCAAGAAAAGAAAGAAAACUAAAGAAGAAGAGAAGAAGGCCUUAUGACGAUAACCAGGCAAUCAGAUUCUAUCUAGACAUUUUUAAAUAUAUCUAUUUUAAAUAUUAAUUAAUUCGUACCUGGUUUUAUGCAAUGUGUUGACCAUGAAAGCUGCUGGGGCCCUGUGGCAUAAAGAGAUAUAAUCAAUACAUAUGAUUGAUUGAAAUUUGUAUACAUAGUUUGCCAUUGAUUGUCAUUUACAAUUAAUUGUAUAAUUGAUUUUAACUUCAUGGUACAGGGCCCAGGCUUGUUUUAACCAUCAUAAGGAAUAUAUGGGCAUUCAUUCAUUCUUAUCCUCCAGCAUUUUUUUAAAGAGAAUAUUUUAAAACAUUAAAUUUAUACAGCUUUUACCUUGCAUUUUGCAAUAAACCAAGUGUAUACAUUUUUUGGAAUGAGAUGUUUUAUGGCUAAUUACUAACUUUUAACAUCAAGGGAGUGUUUCAUAAACAAUUUUGUGUUUGAUCUCAUAAAUGAAUAUUGGCCAAUCAGAUGAAAGGAUAUCAGUAGCUUAUAAUAGAUGUCAUUAAAAAUCAAUGACAAAGUUAAUCUCCUCUGGUCUUUGUACAUUAGGAAGGAUUGAACACUCUUAAUGGAACUCUCCCAAGUUCUUAUUCAUUCUGUAUUAAGGUAAGGACAUAUACUGAUAAUGAUUAGCGCCAUCUAUCUAUCUAGAAAUAAUUCAUUCUGAGACGUGCUAUUCUAAUUAUCCCGGCUCUCGCUCUAGCUGCUGUUUCUAGCACUGCAUUCAAGGUACUAAUCCUGCCAGGUACCAUUCACUUCACCCGCGUUGAGUGUGGCACAGUGUGGGUAAAUUUUUUACUGAGGGAAAUCACGCCAUGGUAGGGAUAUGAACCCACGGCCAUCUAAUAGAAAGACGAGUCAGAAUUCAGAACCAUAAUUAUUUAUGUCUUCAGGAAGGCUAUUCCAUGAAAUGGGAUGUUGUGAGAAUGUAGCUCUAUAUAAAACAGCGGCUUAUCUGUAGGACGAGGAGGCCCAUAACCAUACAGCACAAAGAUGGUAAAAAGAUUUUAAAACAAGUUUGGAUGUUCAAUCUAAUGACCAAUCAGAGAAUUAACCACCAUCAAAGUCGCGAAGGGGUGCGAUUUCAGCUCAUCGUCCAAGCAUUAGAUUUUGAGAGGGGCAGGAUUUUAAGGCAUGACCCAAGCUUCAUACAUGUGUUUUCCAGAUGUGACACUGUCUGUGCACGCAACUAAAGUGAAUAUGCAAUUGAAAUGUCCAAGAAAGUAUCGAGUUUGCUGAGGGGAGGGGGACAGUCACACUGAAGAUCGCCAACACAGAUUAGUACAUGUGGGACAUUGUUUAUCAUUCCUUUAAAAAAAACAGCAUCUGGCUGGAAUACCAUGGUUUUUUUUUUCAUUUAGUACACUUUCUACUGGAAUCUGUUGGCACAUAUAUUUUGUUUAUACAUACACACACCUGGGCCCCGUCUUACAAAGAGGUACGUUUGAUCCAAUCAAUCGUAACUCUAUGGAAAUCCAUCAGUGUCAUAAUUUUUUCUUUUGUAAACAAAGAGAAGCAUAGUGAAUUUUCAAGAAAACAAUGAAUGCAUGAAUAUAUAUCAUAGUUGGAAAAUAUUUUGAACAAACAUUCAUAGUAGAUGUUGACGUUGCUGGCCGUCCAGAGUUGUGAUUGAUCGGAUCAAUCCCAAACUCUUUGUAAGAUCAUGGACCUAUUACGAAUGGACAUUCAACGAGAGCAUUUUAUGACCACCACCUGUUUCCAGCUGUCAAAAUUGCUGUCUAACCCUUAACUUUCUCUUUACGCGGUUUUUACAACGACCGCCCGGGGUGAUUGUUUACACAAGCUCCUUUCGCCCGAUGAUCGUCACCGAUCGAUCACUGGCCCUCUUUCGACCAAAGACGGUCGUGUUGUAGCCCCGAUUGCCAAUAGGGAAAGUCCUUACAUUACCUAGAAUGCAAUGCGCAAUUCAUAUCCGUUUUUUCAGUACAUUAUUUUAGGCUCUCUAUAAUGUGCGAUUGUCGUCUGUCCAUCAAAAAAAAUCCCGUUAAAUUUCAUCAAUCCUGUGGAAUUUUAUGCCCAAAUGAAAAUCAACUUCUGACCGAAGGUAAGCGCUACUAUCGACAUCGAUACUGUCCUAAAAAGCUGAGAUUUUAACGUUUUUCCGCAGAUUUUUUCGUCGAAUUUCAACAGCUUUUUUGCCGUAGAUAUACGGAUCUGCAAGGUGAUGUCAAUGCAUUUCAUUUCCGGUUGUUAGCGAUGUACGUAAAAAAUACGUUUAUGCACGCCUGUUUUCUUGUUUCUGCUAUCAUUUUCAUAGCGCUAACGUUCGCUGCUGUGCGUUGCUUUUGAUAAAGUGAACGAACAACAUCGCAAUGGGUAGGAGCAGCGUACAAUUGAUUUCCGCUGUCAAUCAGUGAGAGCAUGUUUUACGACCGGCUUGAUGGGUGUCAGCUGCCAGCGCUCUGUUUAUAAAAGGAUUAGCGGCGACGGUCUCUGUGUCAAAGGAGGGGAUACGUUGAAUGUCCAUUCGUAAUAGGUCCAUGGUAAGAUGGAGGCCCUGGAUUGUCAUUUGGGGGAGUAUUUGCAAAACUUAUUUUUAGAUCAUCCCCACAACUGGCAUUUUAUAACUGAAGCCAAUUAUCAAUGCCAAUUUACAUUUAGAAGUAAGAAUUUUGUCAGUUUAAUGGAAUGAACCAGUAAUAACUUACCUCAAAUUGAAAUAAUUUUUUUUAACAUAUACAAAUUCUAAGAAAUAAGUAUUGAAAAUAGGAAAUAUUAAGAUCGGCCUUAUGUAUAUAAAAAGUUAUAUUUGUAAGAAAAUUAAACUUGUAAAGGAAUUAAUAUUCCAUUUGAAAUCAUCAUUGUUUCAGUGUUUUUAAAUGUAUAUUUAUGGACCCCUACUGAAAUUAUUUUGAAAGUAUAUACAUGUAUAUGCUAUGCUGCCAAGAGUGAUUGUGAACUGCAUGUUAUUAUUUGAGGAAUACAAGUAAACUAACAUGAUAUACACUGAAUGACGUGAACUCAUACUUGUGAAGCAAGUGUUUGAGAGUUAAAUUCUCAUUUUAACGUUUUAAAGGA